CUUGCACUAUGUGACCAUAACACCCCUCACAAUUAUUGAAGAGCGCUUGACCACUUGUUCCUUCCCCCAGUUAACCAUGGACAUUCUGUUACAUGACCCAUCUGUGCUCGUCAAGAACGGACCACUCGUCGUGGGCGUUGUUAUUGGCCUCUACGUGCUCUAUAGCAUCUUCGGGUUUCUCCAGCGUUUCCGGACACCACUGCGACGUCUCCGUGGUCCUCCCGCACAUUCUCUCAUAUUUGGUAAUACCAAACGGCUGGUAGAGGAUGAUUCUGUUGAGGAGCAGUGGUUGCAGGAGUAUGGGGCGACGUAUGCCACGAGGGUCAUUUUCGGCAACUGGAGGUUGAAUACGAUUGACCCACGAGCCGUCGCUCACAUCCUGUCCCAUACGGAAAUCUAUCCGAAGCCAGAGCCUACUAAGGCAAUGCUCCGCUCUGCCAUUGGUGAGGGCUUGGUGGUAGCAGAGGGAGAGACACAUAAACGUCAGAGGAGAAUCAUGAAUCCGUCUUUCUCGCCGGGACAGAUCAGAGAAGUCACUCCUAUCUUCUACGAUGUAUCUUACGAGUUGCGAGAUGCUCUGAACCGUGCGGUCGACGAUGUGAGUGACCAGCAGAUCGACAUAUACAGCUGGAUUGGUCGCGCCUCUCUUGACAUAAUUGGUAUUGCUGGAUUCGACUAUCGUUUCAAUGCCCUUGAAGACGACAGCAACGAGUUAUUUAGCGCAUUUCACUCGUUGGUGGAAUCGCUGGGAGCGGCGCCGGUGCAGGGAUUGCUGAGGAAUCGGUUCAAGUGGUUCGGGAUGAUUCCAACGAAAGCAAACAAAACCAUGCUAACAUCGCGAGACACGGUGAAGCGGAUCGGGAUGCAGCUGAUUGAGGAGAAGAAGGCAGCCGUGAUGCAGGAGCUGGAGAGCAAGAGCGGGGAGAAGAAAAUUAUUGGGAGGGAUUUGCUUAGUGCACUGAUUCGCGCAAACUUGGCGGCAGAUCUCACGCCGGCACACCAGAUGAGUGAUGAGGAAGUACUGGCGCAGAUCACUACCUUCCUCGCAGCGGGACACGAGACAUCUGCCGCUGGAAUCACAUGGACGAUCUUCUCCCUUUCGCAGCACUUAGAUGUGCAGAACAGACUGCGUGCGGAGCUUCAACAAGUAUCCGACGAGACACCCUUGAUGGAUGACCUUAACGCUCUUCCUUAUCUCGAUCAAGUUGUCAAAGAGUCCCUGCGUAUCCACUCUCCUAUCCACUGGACAGUGCGCACUGCCCUCCACGAUGAUACAAUUCCGCUCUCGAAGCCUGUCAUCGAUCGGUAUGGACAACCUCUCCACAGGGUUCGCGUCCAGGCGGGCGACUUCGUUGGAGUGGAGAUCAUGGCCAUGAAUAGGUCUAAGGAGCUGUGGGGCGACGAUGCUAAGGAGUUUAAGCCAGAGAGAUGGGAAAAGGAUCUGCAAGGAGCGAGCGAGAUUCCAGGGAUAUAUGCCCAUACCCUCACCUUCAUCGGCGGACCAAGGGCAUGUAUCGGGUACAGGUUUUCUGUGAUCGAGACGAAAGCUCUCCUGUUCGUGUUGCUUCGGGAGUUUGAGUUCCUGCCCGUACAAGGAAAAGAAAUCCAGACAAAGAGCGUGAUUGUCGUGCGGCCGAUUGUGAAAGGAGAGGAAGAAAAGGGUGUCCAGCUCCCCAUGAUCGUUCGGCGACUUCCAAAAGCCGGUUGAAUCUACGUGAGUAUUGUGGACGUAGGAUGUUUAUCUUUGGAAUUGUACAACAUGAGUAUGGGUCCCAGUCUAGUUGUCGAACAGUUCUUGCUGUGUUGCGCCAGCACGGUAGUAGAAG